CAAGCACCCCGGACUCCAAGUCUCAGAUGAUGCUAACGCACGUCAUUGGAGUCCUGGAUGAUUGCUUGUGUGAUAUUGAGAGCAUCGAUAACUUUAACACCUACAAAAUCUUCCCCAAAAUAAAAAAGUUGCAAGAGCGAGACUACUUCCGUUAUUACAAGGUCAACCUGAAGCGGCCGUGCCCGUUCUGGGCGGAAGACGGCCAUUGCUCCAUAAAGGACUGCCACGUGGAGCCGUGUCCAGAGAGUAAAAUUCCCGUCGGAAUUAAAGCUGGGAUUUCGAACAAGUACUUGAAAGUGGCCAACAAUACCAAAGAAUUUGAAGACUGUGAGCAAGCCAGCAAACUGGGGGCAAUUAACAGCACAUUGAGCAAUCAGAGCAAAGAGGCUUUCAUUGACUGGGCGAGAUACGAUGACUCACAGGAUCACUUUUGUGAACUUGACGACGAAAGGUCCCCAGCUGCCCAGUACGUGGACCUGCUGCUGAACCCCGAGCGCUACACGGGCUACAAAGGGCCGUCCGCCUGGAGGGUGUGGAACAGCAUCUAUGAAGAGAACUGCUUCAAGCCUCGAUCUGUUUAUCGUCCUUUAAACCCGCUGGCACCCAGCCGAGGAGAAGAUGAUGGAGAAUCAUUCUACACGUGGCUAGAAGGUUUAUGUCUGGAGAAAAGAGUCUUCUAUAAGCUCAUAUCGGGACUUCAUGCCAGCAUCAAUUUACAUCUGUGCGCGAAUUAUCUUUUGGAAGAAACCUGGGGUAAGCCCAGCUGGGGACCUAACAUCAAAGAAUUCAAACGCCGCUUUGACCCCGUGGAAACCAAGGGAGAAGGCCCGAGGCGGCUGAAGAACCUGUACUUCUUGUACCUCAUUGAGCUGCGGGCCUUGUCCAAGGUGGCCCCGUACUUCGAGCGCUCGGUGGUCGAUCUGUACACUGGCAACGUGGACGACGACGCCGACACCAAGACCCUCCUCCUGAACAUCUUCCAAGACACAAAGUCCUUUCCCAUGCACUUUGACGAGAAAUCCAUGUUCUCCGGUGACAAGAAGGGGGCCAAGUCGCUAAAGGAGGAGUUCCGGCUGCAUUUCAAGAACAUCUCUCGCAUAAUGGACUGCGUUGGAUGUGACAAGUGCAGGCUGUGGGGGAAGCUGCAGACUCAGGGUUUAGGAACUGCCCUGAAGAUACUGUUCUCUGAGAAAGAAAUCCAGAAGCUUCCGGAGAACAGCCCAUCGAAAGGCUUCCAGCUCACUCGGCAGGAAAUAGUUGCUCUUCUCAAUGCUUUUGGGAGGCUUUCUACAAGCAUCAGAGAAUUACAGAAUUUUAAAGUCUUAUUGCAACACAGUAGGUAAUAAAGGCUUUUCUAUGUCUGGUCAGACAUAAAGUGACUGUGAGGACUUUUCCUCUUGGACAUUCAGCAGAAGGAGACGAACCUUCCGGGACUUCAAGAACUGAGCUCUUAAGGAGAAAUGCAAAUGUUCACUUGAAUAUUUAUGAUUCUGAAUAGACUGUCAAUUAGAGGUAUUUAUAAAGGAAGUAUAUACUUUUAAAACAUGUAA